AUGUCCUACAACCCACGAAUGAGCAUUAUUCCCCCGACGCAGACCCAGUCGCGAACCCGCAAGAAAGAAGAUGAAGCCGACGCGUUUAUGCGCCUCCCGGACAAGGAGAUUGUCGGCUGCAUAACAGACAUCGGCAUUCCUUUCACUGUCGCCGACCUUCAGAAGCCCAACCCUCUCCAGGUUCAGAUGAUCUUUGAAUGGUUCGCUGAGCUGCUUCUCAAUGCGACCCGCGAGACCGUUGAGCCCGCCAUGCGCGCCGCCGCCGAGGACAUCUGCGGCGAAUACUCCGACGUCGUCCCUCCCGAUACCCGUAACCUCAUGGGCUUCUACGUAUCUCUUCGCCGUCUACUCGCUGAGUGUGGUAUCCAAGAUUUCAGCUUCAACGAUCUGUAUAAGCCGUCACACGACCGUCUCGUCAAGAUUUUCAGCUACCUUAUCAACUUUGUGCGCUUUCGCGAGUCGCAAACCAGCGUCAUCGAUGAACACUUCAACAAAGCCGAGACGACGAAAUCGCGGAUCGAGAGUUUGUACUCGGAGAACCAGGAAAUGGAGUCGCGCCUCGUCGACAUGAAGCGCAAUCGUAAGGCCAUGGAAGUACAGGUGCGCGAGAAGACGUCGCGCAAUGAGGAGUUGAAGCAGAGGCUUCUGGAGCUGCGGCGCAACCAGGAGCGCGUGGCGGCUCGUCUCGAAGACGCCAAGGUCAAAAAGACGGAGCUCACGACAGCACUGGAAGAGAAGACGGCGCAGAAGCUGGUUCAGAAGCAGGACUGUGCAAAAUUGCGACCCUACGUCAUGCAGAGCCCCUCGGCGCUGCAGGCAACGCUCACAGAGCUAAGCAACGCGCUCAACAGCGAAAAGGCACAUAUCGAGGCCCUCGACCGCCGCUCGCGCGCGUUGCAGACUUCCGCCGAUUCGUUUUCGGUCGUCUCUACGGAUGUGGCGUCUUGCAUCAAGGUCCUCGACGAAAUUGGCGUGGAGCUGGCCAAGGAGGAGGAGGAAAACUUGAAGAAUGUCAAGCAGCGCGAUGCUCUGUCGGAGCGCGGUAACAACGUGCGAGAGGUCGAACGGACAGAGGCAUUGCUGCAACGACAGCUGCUCAAGUGGAACGAGCGUACCGAGAAGCUUCGCGAGCAGAGUUCCGCCAAGGCUCACGAGGCCAAGGAGAAGAUGGAGGAGCUCCGUGCUGUCCACCGCAAGCUGACCGAGGAGCGGACCGAGAAGGGCAAGGACAUCGAGAGACGUCGGGUUCGCAUCGAGCAGACUGAGAAGAAGAUGCUGGACCUUAAGGAGAACAUUGAGAAUGAGAUUCACAGCGCCUACGAUGAGUUUCUCAAGAUGGACUCUCACAUCAAACUCUACAUUACCGAAAUGGAACAGGCCCUGUGA